UCGGCAUUCACGCAACGAUUGCGCAAAACCGCAAGUUCCAAAGUUGGCCUCAAUCACGAACAUGCAAAAAAGAUACUGCAUCAUCGGGGCCGGCAGUUCAGGCGUUUGCGCGGCCAAGUCAGUGCUGGAUGCUGGCGGUCAUGUGACGGUGUACGAGCGAUCGGACCAAAUCGGCGGCACCUGGGUUUACACGGAUGAGGUCGGCACCGAUCGCUACGGAUUGCCCAUACACACCAGCAUGUACCAGGGUCUCCGGACGAAUCUUCCCAAAGAAAUUAUGGGCUUCCCGGGGUACGAGGUGCCACCGCAGGACGCUUCGUACGUUCGCUGGGACGAAGUGCUACAAUUCGUGCGCGAUUACUCGUCCCACUACGGUGUGACGGACCGCAUACAGUUCGAGCACCUGGUAGAAGAAGUAAGGCCGAACCCGGCGGUCACAGGGCAGUGGAAUGUGCGUGUAAGAAACUUGCCCGAAGGCACCACUCAAGAAGAGCGGUUCGAUUUUGUACUCGUCUGCAACGGUCACUAUCACACGCCACACAUUCCGUCGUAUCCGGGGCGAGAAGCGUUCUGCGGCCGUCAAUUACAUAGCCACGACUAUCGCAACCCGGAUGUUUUCAAAGGUCAAACGGUGCUCGUUAUUGGGGCUGGUCCCAGUGGAACGGAUCUGACAUUGGAAGCGGCAAAGCAAGCGGAAACAGUCUAUUUUAGCCACCACGUACCGGACAAGUUGAAGCACCUAAAGUUCCCUGGCAACGUGGUGCAGGUACCGGAUGUAGUGCGCAUCUUGCCCAACGCGGUCGAGUGUGCAAACGGGUCACAGUAUGCGGUCACGGUAAUCUUCUACUGUACCGGCUAUCGGUACAGUUUUCCUUUUCUGCAUCCGAAUUGCGGUGUGCAGGUGGAUGAUAACUGGGUGCGCCCGCUGUACAAGCACGUCAUCAACGUUAACCAUCCAACGAUGGCGUUUAUCGGUCUACCAUUUUACGUGUGCGCCACGCUCAUGUUUGAACUGCAGGCCCGGUUCUGCGUAGCUUUCUAUAGCGGCCGGUUGCCAAUGCCGGCCGGAGAGGAAAUGCAACGUGAUCACGAUCGCGAGAUGAAUGAACGGUGGCUCAGAGGGAUGAAACAUCGCCAAGCACACAUGAUGGGUGCGGAGUAUCAGGGGGCGUACUACCGAUCGUUGGCCGAACGGGCGCAGAUCGAGCCGAUCCCCGAGGUAAUGACCCAAAUACACAACGACAGUAGUCGGCGGAAGAAGGAGGAUCUGGAGCACUAUCGAAACGAUGUGUACCGCAUCGUGGAUGGGCAAACGUUUGUCAAGUGCCUCCUUACGGAGGUUGAUUGUCUGCGAAAGGACCUGGGACGAGUCGAAAAACUAAGUUGACGGAGUCAAACCGUUCAAAAUCAUAGAUUUGGAAGCACAAUUCAUUAUUCCUAACGACAGCAUAUCCACGAACGGGGACAAACAUACUUUUAUACACCUAUUAAUAUUUGCAAAGAAAUAAACCACAUCC